UCGCAAAUAGCAUGCGAAGGCCGUCGAUCAACUGUCAAUCAAAAAGUCAAUGGUAGCCAAUAUUAGCAGAGCGUUCAUUAUUUUAGUUUAUAUUAAUAUUUUAAGGUGUUUUAUGUUAAGUUAAUUUGGGGCCAUGCCUCCUACAAUACAGAACGGGUCAAAUCCCGUUGAAAAACGCCCUGAAAGGCCGACGAAACCUGUUGAAAAAAGGUCGGAUUUAAUAUGCAAAGUAAAGUACUGUAACACUCUUCCGGAUAUACCCUUUGAUCUAAAGUUUAUUUCCUACCCUUUUGAGUCGUCCAGGUUUAUUCAGUACAAUCCUACAUCUUUAGAAAGAAACUACCGCUAUGAAGUGUUAACAGAACAUGAUCUAGGCGUUAGUAUCGACUUAAUCAAUAAAGAUAUAUAUGCCGUCGAUCACGGGGCUACUUUAGACCCGGCAGAUGAGAAAUUACUGGAAGAAGACAUCCUGACGCCACAGGAUUCGAAAAGAUCCCGGCACCAUGCAAAAUCUGUGUCCUGGUUGCGUAGAACUGAAUAUAUUUCGACGGAACAGACCAGGUUCCAGCCUCAAACUAUGGACAAAGUCGAGGCAAAGGUUGGAUUUAGUAUUAAGAAGUCAUUUAAUAGUGAAACACUUUAUAUGGACCGUGAUUCUCAAAUCGAAGCUAUCGAGAAAACAUUUUCCGAUACAAAGGUGCCUAUUGAAAAGCAUUAUAGUAAGCCAAAUGUUACGCCUGUUGAAGUUUUGCCUCUGUAUCCUGACUUUAACUUGUGGAAAUAUCCUUGUGCUCAGGUCAUAUUUGAUUCUGAUCCUGCUCCAGUAGGAAAGCAGGUUCCAGCUCAGAUUGAAGAAAUGUCACAAGCAAUGAUUCGAGGUGUGAUGGAUGAAAGCGGUGAACAAUUCGUUGCAUACUUCUUACCAACUGAGGAAACAUUGACUAAACGUAGAGAAGACUUUGCUAAUAAUGUAACGUAUCGGGAUGAUGAAGAAUACGAAUAUAAAAUGGCUAGAGAAUACAACUGGAAUGUCAAAAGCAAAGCUAGUAAAGGCUAUGAAGAGAAUUAUUUCUUUGUGGUGAGACAAGAUGGUAUCUAUUACAAUGAGUUAGAGACUCGAGUAAGACUGAGUAAGAGAAGGCAAAAGGUUGGUCAAGGUCCCAGUAACACCAGGCUGGUUGUUAAACAUAGACCGAUGAAUGAAAUGGAAUUCAAGAUGAAGCGGUACAGAGAAAAGCAGUUAGAACCGCCAGGUGAAGAUGACGAAGAAAUGGAAUUGGAAGAGCAACAAGAUGAACAAGAACAGCAACAAGGCGACGACAGUCAUGCAGAGUCCGAUCAAGAGCAGGAAGAGACAAAAGAUAGUGGAAAUGAGAGCAACGAAGAGCAAAAUGACAAAGAAAAUGGCGUCAGAGAAUCGAGAGCCUCCUCGAGAUCCUCGAGUAAAUCAAAAUCGGCAUCUAGAUCCAGAUCGCGAUCAGCCAGUGGAUCGAGAUCACGCUCAAGAUCAAAAUCCAAGUCCAGAUCAAGAUCCAAAUCAAGAUCAAGGUCCAAAUCAGCUUCCAAGUCACCCUCUAGAUCAAGGUCUGGAUCUCGCUCCUCCAAAUCCCCUUCAAGAUCAAGAUCUGCGUCCAAAUCCCGUUCAAGAUCAAGAUCCAGAUCUAAGAGUAAAUCUAAGAGCAGGUCGCCCUCUGGGUCAAAGUCUAGGUCUGUCUCAAGGUCCAGGUCCCGAUCUAGGUCUAAAUCUGGCUCUAGAUCCAGGUCUGGGUCAGAAUCGCGUUCAGGAUCAGAAAGUGAAUAAAGUAUUGAAACUGUAUCUUUUUUUGAAUUUGUCUAUAUUAUUUUGUAUUGUAUUUUCUAUUAGAUUGUAGCAUGACACAAUAAAGCGUAUAAGCUCAUA